AUGGCUAGUGAGGAUAGUUUUCUAGUGCUAGUACACCACAGAGGAUCGAUUAAGAGAAAAACUCGGUCUGGGGUGAAGUUCACGGAUAAGGAUCCUCUAUGUAUUACCAUGAGCCCUGCGACCAAUUACGAUGGUCUCGUGAGCUCUGUGCUUGGCAAACUUGGUCUGGAAGGAGUGAAGAGAGUUAAGAAGUUUUUCUAUCGCAUUCUAAUCACGGUGCUCCACGAUACGGUGAAGUAUGAUUGUUUCACGAUCGGGAGUGAUGAGGACUUGCAGGUCAUGUUUCUUUCUUGUAGGCAGUUUCUAGAGGUGAGGACACCGGAGCUGUUGGCUAAGUUCGUCGACGUGGUAUCUAGCUCUGGUGGGUCGAACCAGAAUGCCAACACUAUAGCCACGGCGGCCGGUUCGAGCUCGAGACCUGCGGUUGCUUCUUCCUCUGUUCCAGUGUAUGAGGCAGCGGUCCAGCCUGCCGCCUCCCCAUCGUUUGCUGUUGAUCUCACCGGCAAUGUUGGAGACGAGGUUGGAUAUGAUGAACAUCAUCCGACUGAAGUACAGUGUCCUCCUCCGGCUGGUGUUGGCGAGGGAUUGUGUGAUGAUCCAGAUGAUGAUGAAGUCGAGCCGGAUAUUAUCGCUGAUGAAAGCGGCGAUGAUGUUGGAGCGAGUGAUCCGAUAAGGCCUACUGGUGGUUCUAGUUCUGGCACAAAUCAGUACCCACCCUAUUUUUCAUCUUUGGAUCUGGAUGCCAUGAGGCAGGACAGACAUCUUGGGCAGCUAGCUGGAUUUGGCGCUAGAGAUACCGACGGGUCUGCCGGUAUAACAGAGUUCCAGGUUGGUCAACAAUUCCAGAAUAAAGAUGAGGAGCUGUUGAGUGUCAAGACGUAUAGCAUCCACCGAGGGGUACAGUACAAGGUGGUUGAGUCUGACUAUCGCCGGUACGUGGGAAAGUGUUCUGAGUUUGGGAAUGGGUGCACAUGGUUGAUUAGGCUAAGCCUCCGACAGCGCAAGGGCAUCUGGGAAGUCAAGCGGUACAACGGGCCGCAUACCUGUCUCGCCACCUCCAUCUCCAGCGACCAUAGGAGCUUGGACUACCACGUGAUAGCGACAUUCAUCAUGCCAAUGGUUAGGGCUGACACAUCUGUCAACAUCAAGGUGCUUCUAAAUGCAACGGCAGCGCACUUUGGCUUCAGGCCUACAUACCGAAGGGUGUGGAUGGCCAAGCAGAAGGCGGUGGCAAUCAUCUACGGGGACUGGGAUGAGUCGUACAACGAGCUCUCUCGGUGGGUCUUAGGAGUUCAGUUGACUAUGCCUGGCACUGUAGCAGUCCUCAGGACCUGCCCUAUUCGAGUUGGUGGACAGGUGGAUGAGUCUCAGGCUUAUUUUCAUAGGAUGUUCUGGACUAUUCUCCCUUGUAUCGAAGCAUUUCAUUAUUGCAAGCCGUUGGUGAGUAUUGACGGCACCCAUCUAUAUGGCAAGUAUGGGAGAACAUUGCUUGUGGCGAUUGCACAGGACGGGAAUUCCAACAUACUCCCUGUGACAUUCGCACUAGUUGAGGGUGAGAAUGCUGAGUCAUGGUCCUUCUUUCUCUUCUGCAUUCGACACGUUGCAGCGAAUUUCGCCCUCACCUUCAAGGGCAAAGAUGCCCGGAGGCUUCUUGUGAACGCCGCAUAUGCGAAGACCGAGGUGGAGUUUGACUACUGGUUCGACAUCCUACGCUCUGAGAAUCCGGCAAUGUGUGACUGGGCGAACCGAAUUGAGUACUCGUUGUGGACACAGUACUGUGAUGAAGGUCAGAGAUUCGGGCACAUGACGACCAAUAUAUCAGAGUGUGUCAAUUCAAUCCUGAAGGAGGUAAGGAACCUCCCUGUUUGCUCGCUGGUGAAGGCCACAUACGGAAGGCUGGCUGAGCUAUUUGUCUGUAAGGGUAGGGAGGCCGAGGCUCAGAUGGGUACUGGACAACAAUUCAGUCAAUACCUAGUAAAGUGUAUUGAGGCCAACCUGAAGACAGCCAGGUGCUUCACAGUGACUGUUUAUGACAGGGAUAACUCGGAGUACACCGUGGCUGAGAUGACUCCGACAGGUUCAUUCUCACUUGGUACGUACAGGGUCUCAUUAGGGUCCAAGACUUGUGAUUGUGGAUACUUCCAAGCACUUCAUUUCCCGUGUCCUCACGCCCUGGCCUGCUAUGCUUAUUCACGUCUUACAUGGCAGCCUUACGUCUACCAGGUCUAUCGCCUUAGUUCCGUUUUCGGUGUCUAUCAGAUGGGAUUUACACCUCCCAUUCCGGAGGGUUUCUGGCCACCAUAUGCCGGGCCUACCGUUAUACCGGAUCCGAACAUGAGGCGUGCGAGGGAGGGUCGUCCAAGGUCCACACGCAUUCGCACCAACAUGGAUAAUGCAGAUCCGAACCGGCCAAAGAGAUGUGGCCUCUGUAGGCAGCCAGGACACACCCGUCGUAGUUGUCCACAAGCAACAGGACCCAGCGGGAAUGCUGGGAAUUAA